UUUCAGAUCUGACGUGAUGAAAGGCUAAACCGCAGUUUGAAUCAUCAUAGUAUGGUCAGUUUUUGUCGAGAAAUGAAAUGAACUUUGUUUCACAUAUCAAUAAUUUCAUGCUUAGCUUCAAAUCCACCAAUAACUGCCUGUCAUAACUUCCUUGAAGAGAGUUGUUUGAUACUAGCAGAAGAUUUUGCGAUGAAUUCAUCUCGGCAUUUUCAGUCGUCCCGUGCCGGCAGAGGAGUUCCAGCGAAUCAGAAAACAGUGCCUGUCACCGGAAGAGGUCACAUGAGGUCAAGGUCAAACACUUCUAGUCAAGUUCAACCCAGAACUAAUAGCAAUACUGUCAAAAAAGACCACAUGGAGGGCGAGCAUGCAAUAAGUGUAAAUAUUUCCAGCAUCUAUUCAGAUGUAGUCGAUAUCAUUAGCGCAAAUACGAAAUGUGACCAGAAAACAGCCGAAAAAACGUUCUCGGAUAUCGCACAACUCGUGAAUGCGAGUGUCGCAUGUCAAGUGAACGACGCUUUAACCGCUGAAAUUGUGUCCAAGUUAUUUCACGUGAAAGUUGACCCCGCCAAGAAUCUUUUAAGUUCUCUGUCAUUUGCUCUGACAACGAUCCUCUAUGGUAAUGAGGAGUCUACGGAACUUGGAGACGGGGUGCCGGAAGCGAACGGAGAAGGGGAGUUAGUUGCCGAAGGAGAGAAUGGGAUGGGAGUUAAAAUAGGCGUGGCCGAGAGGGAAAGUAAUGAAUACGAGAGAGCUAAGAAUAUUGAGGAGUUGGUCAGUUUGAUGGAUCAGAACUGGGAUGAGAUUUUGGAUCGAAUUGCUAAUUCGGCCAACAAGUCAGCAGUACUGCCUUUAGUGGACUACCUUUCUCUGUACAUCACAACACUAGCCAACAGUAUGCAUCAACAGAAAAAGUCAAACAAAGACACCUUCUCCCUACAAAUUAGUGACCCUGGAACAAUGGCAAUUAUGGAUUCUAUCGUGGGCUUCAUCUUGGACAUAGUGUCGACUUGUGAACAUGUCAACGUGUGUGGGCACCUGGUCCAUAACAGUUCUCUAUUUAUGGUCUGUUUGAAAUUGAGGCUGAGUGCACGGUCUAAAGCUUGGAGCGUGCUCGCAACUAUUGUGCUUGUUCAAGGUGCUUCUCAGCUGGUCAGCAGUGUUACUAAAGAGCAAUUAGUGUCCAUAUUAUAUGACGUCACUAAAUCAGAGAGUUCACCUGACGUCAUAGUGCCUCUUCUACUAGCCCUGAACUGCGGAUUUCUCUACCCCUCCCAGAACACUUUUUUGGCCGCACUUGUCGCAUGUCCUUCACAUGAGGCGACUGAACUAUUUCUAGCUGAACUCAUAUCUCUGUUCAACAGAAAUGUGGAUCCCCUAUGGAACUUUCACCCUAGCGGCCCUGCUGCUUGUGAAUCCAACAGUGGUAGGAGUUCGAGCAGUGUGUUGAAGAUGAUGAUUGACAUCUUCUCGAGCAAGGCUGCCCUGAAGAAGAUCUACACUACUGACCAAAAAGUCAUUCUGGACGUCAUCCUCUCCGUCAUGCACGAACUCAGUCCAGGAUCUCAACAGCGAGUAGAUAUGAUGUCGCUACUGGACCUGGCAGUCAAGAAUUUUGUGGUGUCUCAAGCUAGAGAGAACGAACAGCCCCGCUAUAAAUACAACGAGCUCAUAAGUCUCGUUCAACCAAUCAGCGAACAGAUAGACUGCCUGGAAGAGGCACUCAUCGCCAGAAGCAUUCUCUCCCACCUGACUUAACUGGACACAACUGAUUCCGAUUCCCUCUGUCUUUUAAAUGAAAUAAUGCGAUAGUAAAUUUUGGCAGAGUAUAACUAUUUAUAAACAAAGGAGGCAUCUGAACUUGUGCAUUAUUUAAUGCAAUCAAAUUAAGAGGGCGCAUCUGUGUACACGCUCCGCCCGCAAGUUUGAAAAUUAAAGAAUAUUUCAGGUCUUGACCUGUGAUGUCCAGUUAAAAAAGUAAAACCGAUGUUUUAACCAUUAACCAAUUAACUUGACUCUUGACCGAAA